AUGUCUCGCAAGGGGACUCAAUGUGUGUCGUUUGGUCUUGCAUCCACUCAAAUAUCUUCCCGCCGCUCACAACCAGCCCGGAAUCACACUUCACCCACACCCUCCCCAUUCCCAAGCUUUCCGCUCCCCCCUCCCCUCCGUUUCCCCUUUCUCACCGCCUCAUUGUUUCAAUUUCCUCCAUUCCUCGUCGAUAACCCUCGGAGGCAUCCCCUCCCCCUCGCUCAGCUCCCCGGCUUCGCCCCCUCGCUCAGCCUCGCACCCCACCAUCCUCAUUCCCCAUCCCCUCUUCACCCCGCUCCCUCACCCCCCUUUCCAACCCCCUCCCCGCCCCCAUUUCCUCCAGUCGCCACCGAGACGCCUCCCCCCUGCUCGCCGCUUCUCACGGCGGUCAAGAUCGCCGUGUUCACCGAAGACGACUUCGCGCUUCGGCUGCAGUACUCCCCGCAAUCCACGGUCAUUCUCGAGCUCCAAUCCGACCUCGCCUUAACGCGCGGGCUGCUCUUCAACGCCUCCUACGCCUGCACCAUCCUUCGCUCCGCGCGCGCGCCGCCCAACGGCGCGACGCUCUCGCUCGCGAACACUGACGAGCCGCUUCUGCGCAUCUGGAACACGAGCAACGUGCUCGUGCACGGGAUCAGCUUCCAACAGCCGUACACGGCCGCGUCGGCUCCCUGCGCGAACAUUCCGAGCAUCGGCGCGGGGAUUAUCUGCCCGACGGUGUCGAUUUACGGCUGUCAUCACGUGCAGGUGGUGAAGGGGUCUCUGUUCGGGCGCAUCGACGUGUUCCGAAGCGUCAUGUCGCGCAUCGACAGCAUGAAGGUCACGGGCGUCUCGGAUUUCGAUCUGAAUAACGGCGUGAUUCGCGUGGCGUAUUGCGGCACACAUCCCGACUCCCUCCUAUUCUCCUAUUCGACACCACCAUCAUCCCCCCAACCCCACCCCUAUCACCCUCCCAACCCCCCUCUCAUCUUCUUGCUCUCAACCCAUUUCAUCCGCCUCCCCUCUUCGAGUCCUCAGUUCAACCCCGCUAAUAUAUCCUCUCUUUCCCGCAAACCCGUUUCCGGUGCUGCAGGUGUACACACGGGUAUCGUGAUCUACCGCGGGGCGGUGGGGGUAACCGUGCGAAACAAUUACGUGCACGACUACCUUUUCGCGGGGAUUCGCUGCGGCGCUGACGUCAGCCUACAGGGCGAUUGCAUGCUGUCGACGAUUUCGAACAACCUGAUUGUGGCGACGGCGCGAAACAUGAGCGGCGAUCAGGAUGCGGCGGGAAUUUAUUACUGUGUACAUUGGUUCAAUCCGGGAAAUGUAGCGGAGUGCAACUAUAUUUACAACGGAGACCACUGUUACUACUUGGAUUAUGUUUCGUCGGGAAUCACGGUGCGUGGCGGUGCGUGCAUUGGGACUUACGACGGCAUCAAAGUCAACAAUGGGAAAUGGAACUUUGUGGAGGAUGUGAUCAUGAAGAAUGUGACGGGCAUGACGGGGUGGUUCACGUGCCUCACGCCCACACUCAACAACUGUGCCAUCCGCCCGGGCACCUACUGGGAGUCCAUGCGCCGCAAAUACUACGACACGCCGCUCUGGAACAAUCUAUGGCCAUGGAUGAAGGACAUCUGUCUUGAUCAGACCAUCAGCGGCAACCCCUGCAACACUGCCAACACUCUCUCCGCCGCCCAAACGGGGUCAUGCAGCGGGCUGCCCUCCGACAAUUUCCUCGACCUCGUACUCAUUAACAACAAGCGCAAUACUUGGUUCAAGUACUGCGAAAAUCUCACUACUGUAGCCAAGUUCAACUACUACAAAAUUACAAACGUUACGGACGGCAACUCGCUCGGAUUUGCGAGCUUUGCGAACGAUGACCUGGCGGUGACUGCGAGCUCCCCAUUGGUCGUCGCGAAGCCGAAGUUUAAGAGCUGCUCGAGGGGGAAGGUGGGGCCGCGGAGAGUGUUGGACGUGUUCUACUACAGCAAUUACAACCAACCGGAGCCCGACACGUAUGCGCUGGUGCAGCGAAUGGGCACGAAGCACAUCCAAGACAACACGAGAUGGAAUAGUGGUCCUUGA